AUGGUCAAAUUUUUCCAGCCAAAGAUAAGUCCCCUGCCAGAUGGGAUUGACCUCAAGGGUAGUACAGCUGUGGUCACCGGUGCCAGUGCUGGCAUGGGUCUUGAGUUGACUAGACAACUGCUGCAAUUGAACAUCUCAACCGUUAUCCUUGCCGUCCGCAAUGUAGCCAAGGGUGAGAAUGUGGUGAAACAAUUACGUGGAGACCCUCACAUCAGAACUUACAAUGGCAAUGCUACUCUCAAAGUCAUGGAACUUGACAUGGACAAAUAUGAUAGCGUCCAGCGAUUCGCCAAGCAUCUCCGUGAUGAGAUUCCUAUCGUCAAUUUUCUUAUUCUCAAUGCAGGGAUAGGUUUGCUGAAGCACGACCGCAGCCCUAGCGGCCACGAUCGAACACUCCAAGUCAAUUACUACUCCAACGCUCUUCUGAUUGCCGAAUUGUUACCGUACCUAAAAGCCAGUGCGGAGAGGACAACCAUUCCUACCCGUAUCACCUGGGUCGGCAGUCGAGCCUUUGAGACAACGAGCCUCCAGAAAACUCCUCUUCAACCCAACGAACGCGUUCUGGAACAUAUGGACAAGAAAGAGUUCUUUGCACCAUUCCAGAGAUAUGGUGACUCCAAACUGCUCUGUCUUCUCUUCAUGUGCAGCCUGGCGCGGCAAAUUGACCCCAAAAAGGUUAUUAUCAACAUGCUGUGUCCGGGAAUGGUCAACACAAAUAUGAGUGAUGUUCUGCCAGUUUAUCUCCGGGCAGUGAUAAAUGUUGUGAAGGCAAUUCGUGCCCGGCCUGUGGAAGUGGGGGUUUGGAUUAUUCUGAAUGCUGCUCUAGUUGCAGGGCCUGACUCCCAUGGAAAGUUCCUGAUAGACAAAGAUAUUGCCAGUGAGAGCCAAUACAUAUCGUCCCCAGCGGGCCAGGAGGUGCAGAAAAAAAUAUGGGAGGAGACUAUCGAGGAGCUUAGUCGGCUCACCACACUUCCACCAGAGGUCAAUUAG